AUGACUAAGGAGCUGUUAGGAAGCAGCCAGGUGGAUGGAUUGCCGGUCGAUAGGGGGAAAUCUCCGAUGACUAAGGAGCCAUCAGGAAGCAGCAGUGAUCCAGUUAACGAGUGGACAGGACAAAGGAGAUCCAGAUGGGAAACGGAGGCGGUUACCGAAGAUGAAAUUGCAAGGCUACAGCAGUUGUUCACCGAUUCCAUCGUCUUCACUGAUAAGGAGGUUGCGGGAGCCAGUAAGAAAUGGUCCAACUCUUUAAUAGGGAAGCUGUUGGGCAAGGGAGUUCAAUUAGACUUCCUUUCUAAGGAGUUGAAGCUGCGAUGGGGAGGGCUCGGUGACUUCAAGGUGGUUCCCCUGUCCAUCGGACACCAGGUCUUUCAGUUCAACAGUGAAGAUUGCAGGGACUGGGUCUUGGCGAACGGUCCUUGGAUAAUAGCCGGCCAGAUCCUUGCUCUGGAACACUGGAGGCUUAAUUUUAGUGUCGGGACGGACACUGUUAACUCAGCUACUCUGUGGAUGCGCCUUCCAGACUUGCCGAUGGAGAUGUGGGAGCGCUCCAUGCUUCUCCGAGUGGCCUCUACAGUGAGGGUUCCAAAAUUUGUAGACAACUGCACGGAAGAAGCUGUUGGAGGGGGUUAUGCGAAGGCUUGUGUUCAGGUGGAUCUAUCUCGACCUCUUCGCCCUGGGGUGGAGAUUGUGGCCUCUGGUAAGCACCGGUGGCAGCAGUUUAAAUAUGAAAAUGUGCCAUGCCUCUAUUUCCUGUGUGGUCGAGUGGGACACUUCGAAGAUGACUAUUCGCAAGUUGAUCCAGAGGAGGCAAGAAGGCGGAAGGAGUCUGGUGAUUGGAUGUAUGGCCCGUGGAUGGUGGUAUCGAGGGUCCCAUUGGCUGGUUCGUCGGUGAGAACUGGGAAAGAGUAG